AUGGAGAAGCGUAAAUCAAAGUCACUGCAACGUGUUAAAGACGAAUCAGAUCCAAUUGAAUUAUUAAAAAGAACUGCUACUGCUAUUGGUAUGAUUUAACCGGUUUGAGAUAGGGAUAUAAUCACUCCCUUUUAUUGUUACUAACGCGUAAUUAAAGAACAAGAUUCAAAAGGUUAUACACCUACUUUCCCAUUAAGUGGAUUUAAGACACCAUAUGUUAAUUCAAGUAGAUGGAAAGAAGUUGAGAAUUUAGGUCAAGGUGAUGAUAAAAGUUAUGAACGUAACCCUGGUGAAAUUUUAGCAGAAAGUGGUAUUUAUGAUAUUUAUUCAAAUAAAUUUGAUCCUUAUCCAGCAUGGAAUCCACCAGAAAGUGUUCCAAUUUCAAGAGAAGAUAUUGAAGCGAUUUUUCUACAAUUGACUACUAUUUUUGGUUUUCAAUUUGAUAAUACAAGAAAUAUGUUUGAUUAUUUAUUAAGAUUAUUAGAUUCAAGAGCUUCAAGAUUAGGACCAACUCAUGCAUUAAGAUCUGUUCAUGCUGAUUAUGUUGGUGGAUAUAAUUCAAAUUUCAGAAAGUGGUAUUUUGCAGCUCAAUUAGAUUUUGAUGAUUAUAUUGGUUUUGAUAAUAUUAAUAAAAAUAAUAGGAUUAAGAAUACAAAUGAAGCAUUACCAAAUUUAGAUCAAGCCGAAGAUCAAUGGUCUUCAAAUAUGUUAUCAUUAUCACCAACUGAUUCAAUUAUUCAAUUGGCCCUAUAUUUAUUAAUUUGGGGUGAAGCAAAUAAUGUUAGAUUUAUGCCAGAAUGUAUUUGUUUUAUUUUUAAAUGUUGUAAUGAUUAUUAUUUUUCAAUUGAUCCUGAUACUCCAGUUGCAACAAUUUCUCCAAGUUUUUUAGAUCAUAUUAUUACUCCAUUAUAUAAAUUUUAUCGUGACCAAUCUUAUGUUUUAAUGGAUGGUAAAUAUCAUAGACGCGAUAAAGAUCAUGAAUCAGUUAUUGGAUAUGAUGAUAUGAAUCAAUUAUUUUGGUAUAAAGAAGGUUUAGAAAGAUUAGUUUUAUCUGAUAAAAAAACUAAAUUAAUGAGUAUUCAACCUGGUGAAAGAUAUCAAAAAUUAAAUGAAGUUUUAUGGGAAAAAGCAUUUUAUAAAACUUUCAAAGAAACAAGAGGUUGGUCUCAUGUCUUAGUCAAUUUUAAUAGAAUUUGGAUUGUUCAUAUUGCAGUAUUUUGGUACUACACAAUUUUUAAUUCACCAACUUUAUAUACGAAGAAUUAUGAUCCAACUUUAGAUAAUCAACCAACAAUACAAGCAAGAUUAUCAGUAUUAUCAUUAGCUGGUAGUAUUGCGAUUUUAAUUGAUUUUAUUAGUAUUUUAUUUGAAUUAAACUUUGUUCCAAGAAAAUGGUCUGGUGCUCAACCUGUUGUAAGUAGAUUAAUUAUGUUGUUAAUUUCAUUUUUAAUUAAUACUGGCCCAACUGUUUAUUUAUUUGUAUUUUUACCAUUAAAUCUAGAAACAACUUUGGGAUUAGUUUUAUCUUCAUUACAGUUUUCAUUUUCAAUCUUAAUUACAUUAUACUUGUCAUUUGUACCAUUGGGAAAAGUGUUUACCAAAUCACCAAAACCAAAUGAUAGAAAAUCAUUACCUCAACGUUAUUUUGUUAGAAACUUUUAUUCAUUAACUGAAGGUGAUAAAAUAGCUUCAUAUAGUUUAUGGUUUGCCAUUUUCUUAUCCAAAUUCCUUGAAUCAUAUUUCUUUUUAACAUUAUCAGUUAGAGAUCCAAUUAGAGAAUUAAGUAUUAUGAAAAUUACCAGAUGUUCAGGUGAAGAAUGGUUUGGCAGUUGGUUAUGCUCAAGACAAACUUCAAUUGUUUUAAUUUUGAUUUAUAUUACAGAUUUAGUUUUAUUUUUCCUUGAUACUUAUUUGUGGUAUAUUAUUUGGAAUACAAUAUUUUCAGUGUGUCGAUCAUUUUAUAUUGGUGUUUCAAUUUGGACUCCAUGGAGAAAUAUAUUUUCAAGAUUGCCAAAAAGGAUCUUUUCCAAGAUUAUCGCGGUUUCAGGUGAUAAGAAUGUUAAAAGUAAAUUAUUGGUAUCUCAAGUUUGGAAUUCAAUUGUUAUCUCAAUGUAUAGGGAGCAUUUAAUUUCAAUUGAGCAUGUUCAGAAAUUAAUUUAUAAACAAAUUGAGUCUCCAGGUAUUGAAAAUGGUACAAUUUUAAAAGAGCCUAUAUUUUUUGUAUCUCAAGAAGAUCAAUCAAUUAAAUCAUCAUUAUUUAAAAACCAAUCUGAAGCUCAAAGAAGAGUUACUUUUUUUGCUCAAUCAUUAUCAACACCCAUGCCUGAAGUUAAUCCAAUUCAUUUGAUGCCGUCAUUUACUGUUUUAAUUCCACAUUAUAGUGAAAAGAUUACUUUAUCAUUACGAGAAAUUAUAAGAGAAGAAGAACAAUAUUCUCACGUUACAAUGUUGGAAUAUUUAAAACAACUACAUCCUUUAGAAUGGAGCUGUUUUGUCAAAGAUACAAAAAUGCUUGCAGAAGAAUUUGAAACUGAUUCAUCAACUUCAGAAUUACGUAAAGAAAAAGUUGAUGAUUUACCGUAUUAUUCAGUUGGAUUCAAAGUUGCAACACCUGAAUAUAUUUUAAGAACUAGAAUUUGGGCAUCAUUGAGAUCUCAAACUCUUUAUAGAACAAUUUCAGGUUUUAUGAAUUAUUCAAGAGCAAUUAAAUUAUUAUUUGAUGUUGAAAAUCCAGAUGUCAAUGUUUUUGGUUCUGAAGCUGAAAAAUUAGAACAAGCUGCUAUUAUGGCUCAUAGAAAAUUUAGAAUUAUUACUUCAAUGCAAAGAAUGAAAUAUUUUAAUCUGGAAGAAAAAGAAAAUACUGAAUUUUUAUUAAGAGCAUAUCCUGAACUUCAAAUUUGUUAUCUUGAUGAAGAAGUUGAUGAAAAAACUGGUGAAGUUGUUUAUUAUUCAGCAUUAGUUGAUGGUAGUUGCACCAUAUUAGAAAAUGGUGAAAGAGAACCAAAAUAUAGAAUUAGAUUAUCAGGAAAUCCAAUUUUAGGUGAUGGUAAAUCAGAUAAUCAAAAUCAUUCUUUAAUUUUUUGCAGAGGUGAAUAUAUUCAGUUAGUCGAUGCAAAUCAAGAUAAUUAUUUAGAAGAAUGUUUAAAAAUCAGAAGUGUUUUAGCUGAAUUUGAAGAAGCAACUUUCCCAUUAGAUCCUUAUGUUAAUGAUUUAAAAGCAACUGAUUUGGCAUAUCCAGUUGCAAUUAUUGGUACAAGAGAAUAUAUCUUUUCAGAAAAUAUUGGAAUUCUUGGUGAUGUUGCUGCUGGUAAAGAACAAACUUUUGGUACUUUAUAUGCUAGAACAUUAGCUCAUAUUGGUGGUAAAUUACAUUACGGUCAUCCAGAUUUUUUAAAUGGUAUUUUUAUGACUACAAGAGGUGGUGUUUCAAAAGCUCAAAAGGGAUUACAUUUAAAUGAAGAUAUUUAUGCUGGUAUGAAUGUUUUAUUAAGAGGUGGUAGAAUCAAACAUUGUGAAUAUAUGCAAUGUGGUAAAGGUAGAGAUUUAGGUUUUGGAUCAAUUUUAAACUUUACUACUAAAAUUGGAGCUGGAAUGGGUGAACAAAUGUUAUCAAGAGAAUAUUUUUAUUUAGGUACUCAAUUACCAUUAGAUAGGUUUUUAUCAUUUUAUUAUGCUCAUUCAGGUUUUCAUUUAAAUAAUUUAUUCAUCAUGCUUUCAAUUCAGUUAUUUUUACUUGUUAGUAUUAAUUUAGCAGCAUUAACUAAAGAAAGUAUAAUUUGUGAAUAUGAUAAAUAUAGACCAAUUACUGAUCCAAAAAGACCUACAGGAUGUCAAAAUUUAAUUCCAGUUGUUCAAUGGUUACAAAGGUGUAUUUUUUCAAUUUUUAUUGUUUUUAUAAUUUCAUUUGUUCCAUUAGGAGUUCAAGAAUUGACUGAAAGAGGGUUUUACAAAGCAGUUACAAGAUUAAGUAAACAAUUUGCAUCAUUAUCACCCUUAUUUGAAGUUUUUGUUUGUAAAAUAUAUGGCCAUUCAUUAUCGAGUGAUAUUUCAAUUGGUGGUGCAAGAUAUUUAGCAACUGGUAGAGGUUUUGCAACAAUUAGAGUUCCAUUUGCAACUUUAUAUUCAAGAUUUGCUGGGGAAAGUUUAUAUUAUGGAGCAUUAUGUGGAUUAUUAAUUUUGUAUACUUCAUUAUCAAUGUUUACACCACUGUUGAUUUAUUUUUGGAUUACAAUUGUUGGAUUAUUAAUUUGUCCAUUUUUAUAUAAUCCUAAUCAAUUUUCAUGGACUGAUUUCUUUUUAGAUUAUAAAGAUUAUGUUCAAUGGUUACAUAGAGGAAAUAGUAAACCAAGGUUAUCCUCAUGGAUUAAUUUUACAAGACUAAAAAGAAGUAGAAUUGUUGGAGUUAAAAGUAAGAGAUAUAGUAUUAAUGAAGAAAUUAAAGUUGUUAGUGAGGUUAAACCUUCAAGAUUUAAAUUAGCAUUAACUGAAUCAGUAUUUCAAUUAUCAACAAUUGCAAUUGUUUCGUUUGCAUAUUUAUUUACAAAUUCUCAAAAUGAUACAAGAGGUACAUAUCCAGUUAAUAGUAUCUUUAGGAUCUUAUUCAUUAGUUUUACUCCAAUUGUUAUAAAUUUAUUAAUUUUAUUAUUAUGUUUUAUAAUUUCAGUUGUUAUUGGUCCAAUUGCCACGUUAGUUUGUAAGAAAUUCCCAUCAUUUAUAGCAUCAUUUUCACAUGGAUUAGCAGUAAUUAAUCAUGUUUUCUUUUUUGAAUUAUUAUGGUUAUUACAAAAUUGGAAUUUUUCAAGAACAAUAUUAGGCUUUACAUUAUCUAUAUUAAUUCAAAUUUGGUUUUUACAAAUGAUUACAAUUUUCAUGGUUUCAAAAGAAUUUAGACAUGAUAAAUCAAAUAGAUCAUGGUGGUCUGGUAAAUGGGCAACAUCAGGAUUAGGCUUUUAUAUUUUUACUCAACCAUUACGUGAAUUUGUUUGUAAAUUAACUGAAAUGACAUAUUUUGCAGGUGAUUUAAUUGCUGCUCAUAUUAUAUUAUAUGCUCAAAUUCCAAUUUUAUUUAUUCCUUAUGCUGAUAAAUGGCAUACAUUGAUGUUAUUUUGGUUAAAACCAAGUAAUCAAAUUAGACCAAGAAUAUUAUCAAAACGACAAAAGAGAAAACGUAGAUUUCAAUCAAUAUUAUUUUGUUUAUUAUUUUUAAUUAGUUUGGUUUUAUUUUCAAGUUUAUUUGUUGUUCCAAUUUUAAUUAAUAAAUAUUAUGAAAUUGAUUAUGAUGAAUAUUUACCAAAUUUUUUACAAAUUCAACCAAUGGAGAAAGUUUCGAGUAUCAAGGGGUUAAGAAAUGAUUUAAUCAUUAAGCAUUAUUAA